AACGCGUGUAUUCUCCUGCUAAGGCCGCCACCUCCUGCUGCACGCUUCCCUCUCUCUCUCUUUCUCUCUUACCCUCCUCUGGUGUCGGAGAUCAUCGCAACCCCCAUCUUUAUUUUUGGGUGGGGACCGGGAUAAGGCAGUCAACACGAAACAUCCAAAAUCGCUUGUGGUUCUUUGCUAAAAUUGGCGUGUGAUUUAAGCAGAGGUCCCGUGUUGCUUCUCCCUUCGGUUCUUCCUGUCCGGUGAGAAUCCUCCUCGUGCCUUUCCAGUGCUAGGUCUCGAUUCGUGCCCGACAUCGUGCGUGCCCGGUGGGUUCGUUCGUGUCUCUGAUUUUCUUGAUCUUUAGCUACUUGCCGGAGGUUUCGGGGGCAUGUCCAUUGCGAUUCUGCCGUAGAAUGAAGCCCUGAAGGUUGAAAUUCCCUUCUCUUUCGUGGGUUCCGCGAAAGUUUUCGUUUUUCUGCGUCUUUUUCUCAUUGAUGAUCUGCCCUUUUGGCGACUACACAUCCGAUGGAUUAACAAUGAAACUUUGGAUAGAUUGUAGCAACCUCCUUUGCCUCUUUUCUUUUGUCCUAGUUCUUGUGUAGGUUUUUAGGCUCGAAUUUCCUCGAUAUUUUGAUCAUCUGGGCUUAAUCGGAUGAUCAGAUUAUAAUUAUGGCGAUUCGAUGGAUUUAUAAGGGAGAAGUGUUGUAAGUCGAUUUAAAGCGGGAAGCUUUAUUUAGGCUCUUCAAACCGUAGGCGAAGGGUUUGCAAAAUGUCAUCCGCCGGUGUUGCUGUGAGUCUUAUCCGCAAUGACUCUUUCGUCUUCCCGAGUCUGUUUGAUCACCAAUCGUGUGCAUCCACCAAAGAACCGAUAUUGAUUUACAUCACCUGUCCUGGGUUGAUAACGCCAUUGCGAGUGCGAGAGACCGAUUCGAUUGAGUCCGUGAAACUGCAGAUCCAGAGCUGUAGAGGUUUUGUCACGAGAAAUCAAAAGUUGGUCUGUAGGGGCCGAGAACUCUCGAGGAAUAAUUCUCUAGUUCGGGACUAUGGUGUGGAGGAUGGAAAUGUGCUGCACUUGGUGCUCAGGCUUUCGGAUCUCCAGGUCAUCCAUGUAAGGACGACAUGUGGGAAGGAAUUCACUUUCCAUGUGGAGCGGAACAAGGAUGUUGGGUACGUCAAGCAACAGAUUGCUAAGAAAGGGAGAGGUAUCAUUGACUCUGAUGAGCAAGAAGUUGUUUGCAAUGGAGAGAGAAUCGAAGAUCAGAGACUUAUUGAGGAUCUUUCUAAGCAAACCGGUGCGGUGAUACAUUUGCUGGUUCGGAAACCUGCUAAGGUUAGACCUAGGCCUGUUGAUAAGAACUUUGAAUUGUCUAUUGUAGCAACAGAAUUGAAUGAUAGUAGAAAGUAUGAUGCUGGCAAAGAGAAUGACCAGCGACAAGGUGGUGUUUGGGAAGAGUGCAACAGGAAAGAGGGUGAAUUUGAUGGACACUUGGUCAAUGGGAAGCCUCCAGAGAAAAAAAUCUGCUUGGAGCCAAUUCUUGUUAACCCUACAAUUAAAUUGUCUACUUUCAUGUGGGAUAUGAUCAAUUCGUCCUUUGAGGGAAUGGAAUGUGGUUAUCAGCCAGUAAGGUCCAUGGAGGGUACAGGAGGAGCUUAUUUCAUGCAAGAUUCAUUUGGGCAGAAGUAUAUUUCUGUUUUUAAGCCAAUUGAUGAGGAACCCAUGGCUAUCAACAACCCUAAUGGUUUGCCUAUGUCUGAAAAUGGUGAAGGACUUAAAAAGGGUACAAAGGUUGGAGAAGGAGCCUUUAGAGAAGUUGCGGCUUACCUUUUGGAUCAUCCAAAGACUCGGCGUCGGUGCCCUACAUUUUAUGGCAUUGCAGAAGGUUUUGCUGGAGUUCCGCCUACUGUAAUGGUUAAGUGCUUGAAUACAGGUUUUAACCAUGCAAACAAUGUAAGUAAGAAGAUUGGGUCUUUGCAAAUGUUCGUGGAGAAUGAGGGCAGUUGUGAGGACAUGGGACCUGGGUCCUUUCCUGUGAAUGAAGUGCACAAAAUCUCUGUCUUGGACAUAAGAUUGGCUAAUGCAGAUCGGCAUGCUGGAAAUAUUCUCUUGAGUAAAGAGGGAGACAGGGGCCAACCAGUCUUGAUUCCAAUUGAUCACGGAUACUGCUUGCCUGAAAGUUUUGAAGAUUGCACAUUUGAUUGGCUGUACUGGCCACAAGCUCGCCAGCCUUACUCACCUGAGACAAUUGACUACAUAAGAUCUUUGGAUGCUGAAGAAGAUAUUGCCCUUUUGAAAUUCCAUGGCUGGGACCUUCCCCUUAAAUGUGCCCGUGUGCUCCGCAUAUCAACGAUGCUGCUGAAGAAGGGAGUAAAAAGAGGCCUCACUCCCUUUGCAAUUGGGAGCAUCAUGUGCAGAGAGACCUUGAACAGGUGGUCCACAAUUGAGGAGAUUGUGCAGGAAGCAGAAGAAUCUUUGCUCCCUGAUAGCAGCGAAUCUGCAUUUCUUGAUGCUGUAUCCCAAGUGAUGGAUAGCUACCUCGAUGAGAUUGCCGGUCACCAUCCUGGAUACUCAAAGUAGUUGUUGAUAUGUACUGACCAUAUGGCGUUGUACAUAUGUAUAUGUACAUGAGGACAAGCGGGUCCUUUUAUCGUUUUCUUAUAACCGUUUGUUUCACGGUUCUUUCGUACUUCUUUAUUUCACUCUAAGUGCACACAGUUCGUGUCCUUAACUGUAGUUGUUUAGGUGCUGAUUAAGAUUCUUUGUCGUACAUUUAUUAAUUGAUUUCUGGAUUUAUGUUGAUUCUCUCUUAA